AUGUCUAAACCGCGUGAAAAACCGACGACGGCCAACGGUGACCAAAUUCACAAACACAAUGUAGCGACGACACUAAACUACUGGGAUGAUCCAGGAGACGGAUCCCGCCCGACACCAAUCUUUAUUGGAAAAGGAAGAAUCACGAACGAGAGGCCGCAUCGUGCACAGAAUUUCGUGGUGACCGACAUAAGCGGCGACGAAAACAAGUACUCUCUCGACAGCCAUGGAUUCCAAUACUGCCGCCACGAGAGUCGCGAGAAGAAUUUCACAGACGAGCAAGCUAUUCAAAAGGCCUACUACAAAGAAUGCGAGAAUUUGUUAAAAGAUGUCACUGGGGCUAGUCGCGUUCAUAUUUUCAACCACAAGGUCCGUCGUGGACCAACUCAGUGGCAUCACUUGGGCUUGAACAACCUCGCAAACCGUGGGCCUGUCACACGGACACACGUCGACCAAUCUUACGCUGGAGCAGAGCUGAGACUCCGAUAUGAGUUUCCGAAUGAGGCAGAUGAGCUGGUGAAGAAGAGGUAUCAGAUCAUCAAUAUCUGGCGUCCCGUCGAGACGAUUUUGAAGGAUCCCAUCGCCGUUGCUGAUGCACACUCAGUUCCGGACGCCGACCUAGUCGGGGCUGAGAUGACCGAAGUUGAUUUCAAGGGCGAGUCCUGGGUUGUUAGACAUAGCCCGACUCAUCGUUGGUACUACAAGCACCGAAUGACGGCGCAAGACGUGCUUCUUAUCAAGUGUUUUGAUUCGGACACUUCGGUGGCGCGAAGGUCGCUUCACUCAGCCUUCGAAGAUCCCGCUCACCGUGAUAAGGAGUCGCGACAGAGCAUCGAGGUUAGGUGCCUAGUCUUCUACGAUGAGUAGACAGCGCUUUGGUACUCUGUUUUCCCCCUCACCGCGCAGGAAAUAUAUCACCGAGAUAAAGAGAAGAGGCGGCCAGUCUUGCCGCAUUUGCCAUGACGUGUAGUACUAAGAUGGAAUUAGCGACUUUACAAGCCCG